UUUUUGUGUGUGCGAUAAAAUUAUUGUUUUCAUGAAAUCGUCAAAUGCAAUAAAUAAUUGUCGACAUUUUGUCAUUUUAUGCUAGUAAAUAUGAUUAUAUAGCUUAGUAAUAUAUUAGAAAGAUUGUUGUAUGUGUCGUUAACCUCGGAUUACGUGUGUGUCAAUGUAGUCUUUAGCGUCCUGUGCCGCCUUUUUCAUUGAGUUGAUGAGUUUAUUUUAUAACUUUUAAUGAAAAAAUGCUUAUAAUCAGUUCGUUAUUAUAAAAAAAACCUUUAAGACAAUGUUUAAUUUAAAAUUAACCAAGUUGUUUCGGCGCUAUGAUUGAUAGGUGCGUUGUGUGACUUGUGUGUUAGUAGUUGUGAAAGCGUACGUACAUGUUCGUAAUGGCAAAGCUGUCAUGAGUAGUGUUUACUAUUCAAACAUUGGAUGUGUGUUAUUUGGCUUAGUAAUUUAUGUAGUAAAAAUAUAUUCGUGAAAAUGUGUAUGCCAACGCCGAAUAAUGUCUCGGGCUUCGGUUAUUCGUGGGGCUUUACAAGCACUGCAGAUCUUACCAAGUGUGAGGUGGAAACUCCUAGCAGUUUGAGUUAUACUUUAGGAAACACGGUGUCACCAGAAACAACAUUAACUGUUAUGUCCAAUAAGUCACCACAAGUGCAAGAUAAAGUUGGAACUGUAGCUGUUGCCGUGACAAAUGCAGCAACACAAGUAACAAGGGUUGUGACUGCUGGACCACAAAUAGGAGGACGUAGGGCCAUGUUCGUUUUAAAUGAAGCCCCAACUCAUACAUUAAAUAGGGUGUCCCAACAAAACCAAACUGCGACAAUACAAACAACUAAUUUAGCAUCAAAGCCCUUCAUGACACCCAUUGGCCCUAUACAACUUACUGCGGAAGAAUGUAACGAAAUCUUAAUGAAACGUGCCUUGCAAGCUCAAGGCAUUGCAACACCGGUCAUAGAUGCUUCACAGUUAAAUCAUACAUUAUUGAAUAAUGGUCUGAAGAGUCUUGCUGAGGCGACCAUACAGCAAUCACAAGCAGAUACAAUACCGACAACUACUGUUCACCAGCACCAUCUUUUGCAUGCUAAACAGGAGCCUGGUACGGCAAAUAAUUCUCCAAAAGCAGUUUAUUCACAAACUGAAAUGAUGAACAACACAGUGAUGACAACAGUGCCUCCUCUGAAAGAGCGGCCGUACUCUUGUGAUGAAUGUGGCAAAUCAUUCUUGUUGAAACAUCACCUCACGACACAUGCAAGAGUCCAUACUGGUGAAAGACCACAUGUUUGUGGACAUUGUGGAAAGGCAUUCGCGAGGAAGCAUUGUCUUAAUACACAUUUAUUGCUACAUUCAGCUGCACGGCCUUAUCGGUGUCAUGAGUGUAAGAUGGCAUUCACCCUCAAGCAUCAUCUUGUUACACAUUCAAGAGUUCACAGUCGCGACCGUCCUUUCGUAUGUGGAGAGUGUGGUCGAGGGUUCCCUCUUAAGCGCCACCUCGUCACGCACAGCAAGUACCACGCCGGCGAGCGGCCUUAUGUGUGCACAGAUUGUGGUGAAAGCUUUGCGCAGAAGGAGCACCUUGUCAUGCAUAGUCGAUUUCACGGCUCUCUCUCCCCAUUCGUGUGUCCAGACUGCGGAGUGGCGUUCGCUAGAAAGUUUCAGCUUGUGAACCAUGGCCGAGUUCACGGCAGAGUACCACAUGCCUGUCCUGUCUGUGGCAAAGAGUUCUUACAGAAAAGGACGCUUGUAGCUCAUAUGAAAAUACACACGGGAGAAGGCGCCGUUGCGUGUUUAGAUUGCGGUGAUGCUUUUAAAUGUAAAUCAGAACUACAACAGCAUUGUAAGAUGACGAGGCACUGUCUCAGCACACCACAAUCGCAGCAAACUCAACAGCAACAACAGCAAGCGCAGCAGCAGCAGCAACAGCAACAGCAAGCACAACAACAAGUACAGCAGCAGCAACAACAACAGCAGCAGCAACAACAACAGCAGCAGCAACAGCAACAACAGCAGCAGCAGCAACAACAGCAGCAGCAGCAACAACAGCAACAGCAGCAACAACAACAACAGCAGCAACAACAAACAACUGUUAUAAAACAGGAUGAUUUCAAACCACAAAUAGUGCAAGUCAUUGGUGCUGACGGUCAAAUUAUAUCGGAAAAGGCGACACCAGGAUAUAUUUGUCCUGAAUGUGGCUCUUGUUUCAAUACCAAGGAGGCGCUGUCGCUGCACGUGCGGCUGCACGCGGGCGACCGCACGUGCGUGACGGACCUGUGCGCGCUCACGGCCGCGCUGCAGCCCGGCCUCGUGGCCGCCGCGCAGCACGCCUCGCACGCGCACAAUCAACCUAUACAAAUUAUUUCGUCUAAUCCAAACAACAACGUUGUUCAUACACAAGUAAUUGCAACAAAUCACAUAUCUACGCCGCGGCCGAAAUUACACUUUUGCGUUGACUGUGGAAAAGGAUUUGCGGCGAAACAUGGCUUACUAGCACAUCACAGGAGACAUCCGGAGGGUAGUUGUACAUUAAGGACGCACGUUUGCGAUCAAUGCGGUAAAGCAUUCUUCCAAAAGAAUCAUUUAAUGUUACAUCAGCGGCAACAUAUGGACUUACCACCGAGAAAUUCACAAGCGACGCAACAAACACAGCAGCAAGCCGCUCAGCAGGCGGCGCAACAAGCAGCACAACAGGUUGCACAGCAAGCUCAGCAACAAGUUCAACAGCAGCAGCAGCAACAGCAGCAACAACAGCAGCAACAACAUCAGCAGCAAGUUCAACAUCCGAAUAGUCUAGAGUUAGAACAACAGGAUCAUCAGCAACCGACACACAUACAAGUGGUGACGAAUCGGUCCGGGCAAGUGAUCGGUAACCAGAUAGUGGUGGGCACGGUGGGCGGGCGCCGCACGCUGCUCAGCUCGCCGCUGCACCUCGUGGCGCGGGACGGCAAGCCGCUCGCCGCGCAGCUCACGCACAAGCGACACGCUGGAGAUGUGAAAGAAGUCGGCGGCUUGAUGCUGUCGACGGGCCGAGGCACGGGCCUCAUCAAGUACGAGAUCUCCAUCCCGCCGCCCACGUCCGUGGUGCAGGUGCAACAGCUGGACUGAGCCAAGCAGGAACCAGACGACAUGCUCGUCUGGCUCAAGAAAUAAAGACUAAAACUCGACAUUUCAUUUACCUACUUGAAAGUAGUCGAAUCGUUGUCCAUUAAUUAACGUCUAAGGUAUCCCGCUACUCGAUGUAGCAGCGGAACGAACGGUCCAAUAACCUGAGCCAAUCUUAAAUAUAGACUGGAGAUACUAGACUUAAUAUUAAAUCGUACUAAGCCUAAUUAGAUUCCAAACCAAUAGAUCGGAGAGCUUUAUUUGAUAGACGUCGGUCGAAAGCCUUACAAUAUAGAGCCUUAAUUUUUUUUUAAUUAUUUCAUCGGAUUCAUCGGUAGGUCGUUUUAGCGUAAUUAAGAGAGAAUUAUCUACUUAUAAUUAUUUCAUGGCAAUAACUGAUAAUAAAUGGACGAAGCAAGCCUAUUGUAAUAUAGUGUGAUUAGGCGAAUGCUCUAAAAUUUAGAGUAUUUAAUUUCGGUGAGUUUGGAGUGUAAAAAGACAGUAGGAUUCUGUGUACAUUAGCGUAGCGUAAGAGUACUCUCGAGGUUUAGUUACUAGUGUAAUCUAUUGUACAUAUCAUGAAGUUUUUGUAUCGGAUCCGGGAAGUGUUUUUUGUAAUUAACUGUACAAUUCUAUGUAUCGACGGAUGGCGCUUGUUUAAACGAUUGUACGAACGAUAGUUUCGUUUCGUUCGUUUCAUUGAAUGUAGCUCCGUAUACGCAUUUAAGUUUGAUAGAUUUUUUUUUUUUUAAUUAUUAUUAUUAUUUAAAUAGCCUCUUCGAAUAAGCUUUUUAAGUACAUAGUUUUGAUUUUUAUCCUGCUGUGGUGGGCUACGGAAUUAAGUAACGUGCAAUCAAAAUUCAAGAUUUUAUUAUAGAUCUGACUUUAUUUAUAUUUAAUGAAUUUAUCUACACGUAACACAUGUUGAAAUAUGCAACAGAUAAUUAAUUUUAAAAAUGAUUUAUACACUUAUAAAAUUUAUCUCGUGUCUAUUAAAGAUAGUUCAACAAACAUUUGGGAUUUAAUUGUUUUUUAAUUUUUCAUUAAUUUCCUCGCUUUUGCAUAUUUACUCAGUUUCUUGGUCAGUAUGUAUACUUUUUGUUUUUAAAGUAUUUUUCAAUGUCUUCUGAAUUGUUAUAAUAAUAAUAAAGUUUUAUUAAUAGUCUCAAAUGAUUGUAAAAUUGUAUUAUUCUCAUUGUAAUUAAAAUAUUAUUCUAAAUUUAUUUGUCUAGUCUGUGAUAGAAAUUUAUUCAACGAUCAAGUCUGAAUAUAUAACUUGUUGAUCACUAGUCCACCGUCACCAUUAACGUUUUAAUUUUUUUUUUCAAAAAUGACUAAAUAAUUCUGUUUGGAUGUGUGGUGAAGUAUCAAUUAAAUUAUUACCAAAGAGUAAAAUAGAAAAGUUUUUUUUUUCUAUCCAGUAUUUUCGGUGGCUAGUCUUAACAAUGUUAUCAAGUGCUUCCGUACAAUGUCCAGUCUUCAUGUUUUAUUUCACAGUAUUACCUUGUAUAGAAUUUAUUCGUCAAUCGUAUGAGACACAGAAUACGAAUUUGUAUGGAUUUUCGUAACCUGUGAUAAAACUUUUAAUUCUGUUGGAUCUUACAUGUUGUUUGCCAUUUACUUACUUGUAAAUAUAUAGUGGAUAUCUAUAAUUUUUAUAUUAAAUGAAAAUAUACAUACUAUAGUCGG